AGUACCCAGCUUGAAGGAACUCAGGAGAUGGAGGCUUGGAAGAGGACAGCUGUUUGAUGAGAGAGUGAGAUAAUCUUGCCGGCUCACUGCCAGUGGGGCCUGUAGGGACAGCCAAGAUCCCCCAGGGCAGAGCCUACGGUCCAGGGUUCUCUCCCAUGCCGAUUCUCAAGCUCCCCAGAGUUACCUUACCUUGGGAACUCUCCUAGGCCACUCCCCCUGAUGCAAUACCUGCGUUUGGGCGGCAAGGAGGGUGCUGCACGGCCCGCCCCUUCUGAGCUGUCUGGGCCAGCUCCUCUUUCCGGAACAAUUCAGGCUUCACAGCAGCUCAAACCUCAUUUGUAACAUCUGUGUUCUGAAGCAAGGAUGGCAGAGAUGGACAGAAUGCUUCAUUCUGGAAGGAAACAAUGUUCCAGGUCAAGCUGAGUCUGCCAAACACAGACCCUGCCAUGGUUCUAGACGUCUUGACAAGUUGUAUCAUGUGGUUUUUCUACGCCUUGAUUCCAUGUUUGCUCAUAGAUGGAGUGGCCGUUCUGCCUGCCCCUCAGAACCUCUCUGUGCAAUCAACCAACAUGAAGCAUCUCUUGACGUGGAGCCCAGUGGUCGUGCCUGGAGAAAUAAUAGACUAUUCUGUCGAGUACCAGGGAGAGUAUGAGAGCCUAUACAUGAGCCACAUCUGGAUCCCCAGCAGCUGGUGCUCACCCACUGAAAAUCCUGAGUGUGACAUCACUGAUGACAUCACUGCCACUGUGCUGUACAACCUUCGUGUCAGGGCCACUCUGGGCUCACAGACUUCAGCCUGGAGCACCCUGAAACACCCCUUUAAUCGAAACUCAACCAUCCUCACCCCACCUGGGCUGGAGGUCAGCAACGAUGGCUUCCACCUGGUUAUUAAGCUGGAAGACCUUGGGCCGCAGUUUGAGUUCCUUGUGGCCUACUGGAGGAGGGAGCCUGGUGCCAAGGAGCACAUCAAAAUGGUGAGGAACGGGGGUGUUCCAGUGCUCCUGGAAACUGCAGAGCCAGGAGCUGCCUACUGUGUGAAGGCCCAGACAUUCGUGAAGGCCAUCGGGAGGCACAGCGCCUUCAGCCAGGCAGAGUGUGUAAAGCUGCAGGGAGAAGCCCUCUCCCUGGCGCUGGCCCUGUUUGCAUUUGUUGGCUUUGUGCUGAUCCUUGUGGUUGUGCCGUUCUCCAUCUGGAAGAUGGGCCGGCUGCUCCAGUACUCCUGUUGCCCCGUGGUGGUGAUCCCUGACACCUUGCCUGGAGUCACUCUGGAAGGAGUCAGUCUUGUGACGUCUUCAUGGCCCUGAGACACGGGCCACACUCUCCCUACACAGGAGGAAUACUCCUCCCUGGAACCCGGGCAUCAGGACACCCCUCCACCCUGCUAUCCAGUCAGCUCUCCUCUUCCAGUACUUCCAGGUGGUCAUAACUUGAGCUGACACUGGGACAGAGUUAGGCACCAGGCAUCGUUCUAAGGCUUUACAUAUAUGGACCCAUUUCAUUUCCCUUCUUCAUAAUGCUUACCCAUGUACUUUCAUCAAGUCCCCCCUCCAGCCCACCCUGAAUGACCACAUGGUUACCACCAAACAUAGAGGCGAUGUGGUGUCUCAAACAUGGGGGACAGAAUGGCCUCAUUCUCCUUCAGCAAGAAUUUGAGGGGCUCAAAUUUCCCUGAAGCAUAAAAGGAGGUGUAUUCUGCAGUUGUUGGGGUAGCAUAUUAUAAAUAUCAGUUGGGUCAAAAUGUUUGAUAAUAUUGUUCAGACUUUUUUGUAUAGUUCUAUUAGUUAUUGAGAGUGAGACAAAAUCUCCAACUAUGAGCGUGGAUCUGUCUGUUUCUUCUUUGAUGUCAAUUUUUCUUUCCUGUGUUUUGACGCCCUGUUUUAGGCGCACAUAUACUUAUGACUGGUAUGUCUUCCUGAGUAAUUGAGUCUUUUAUCGUCAUGAAAUGUCCCUUUUUAUCCCUGGCAAUAUUCCUUACCCUGAUAUCAAUAUAGCCCUUUUUUGUUUACUGUUUGUAUGGUGUAGCUUCUUUGCAUAUUUUUAUUUUAAACUUACCUGAGUCCUCAUAUUUAAAGUGUGUCUCUUGUAGCAACAUAUAGUUGGUCUUUUUUUUUGUUUUUGUUUUGGUAUAAAUCCACUCCAACCAUUUUUACCAUUUAAUUGGAAUGUUUAGUCCAUUAACACUUAUCUCUUGUCCUCCCACUUUCUAACUUCUGUGUUUGCGCCCCUUUCUGCUUUCUGGUUCUUCAAGCCAGUAAGACUGUCACUGUUCGUGGCAUCAAGAGAGACCUGCCCUCAGACAAGAACUGUAAAAACUGGGAAGCUCACCCAGUGACAUUCUCUUUGGCCAGGUGUCAACUUUUGGUUGCUCUCCAGUGACUCAAGGAAAUGGGUUUCACAUUUUGGUCAGUUUUUGAAGUUGUCACCUGCAGGAGGAUUGGUCUGACUGGUGCCCCUCUGCUAUAAGUAGAAGUGGAACUCUGCAAUCAAAGAGGUGUGCCUGAGCCAAGCCAAAAUGAUGACAAUGGUGGGGGAGCAUUCCCGGUUUGGGCAGGUCACUGGCUCUUCUCUUCUACACAUGGUGAUGAUCUCAGCCUUCCUCAGCUGGACUCCAUCAAGUUGUCAUCCUUUGUGGUUUUCCUCUCAACUGUCACCCAUGCUUACCCUCUACACACAGGCCAUUUCAUUCCUAACACCCUCCCCGUUUUUCCCUCUUCUGGUCCUGCAUUCAGCAGCCCAGCAGAGUUUCCUCUCCACCUCAGGAUCAGGGGCCCUAGGAUCCUUCUAAGACCCAGUGUCUUGUGAGUGAGCAACAGAGUAAAGAGCCAGGAAGGGGGCCAGCCCUGUGGCUGAAUGGUUAAGUUUGUGUGCUCCGCUUCAGUGGCUG